UCCGCCCUUUUCAACUUUUCGGCAUUACUACAGGUGAUUUUGCUAUUGAUAUGUUCAUGUACUUAUAUCCACACAAAUUGGCCAAGUCUGUUAGAUCGUAACCAUCAUGGUCUACUCGGUGUUUUUUGGAAAUGUGCUAGAGUUGGUGAAAGAGCAAGUCCUUAUGUUUCAAUCGCUUUGAUUUAUAUGGCUAUUAAUCAAAUACGUUCAUGA